UACUUUUUCAACUACGGAGAAAGCAAUAAACAUUUGCAUAAGGCUGUUGAUCCAAUGCUCAAAAUUGGUCUGACGAAGACUGGCCCUAUUAAGCGGCCUCAUGUGAGGGAAGUGGAGGAAUCGAAAAAGCUCCAGGCUGAAGAGAACCAACGCACCGCGCGCACUAACACUAGAGGUUUCAGACAUGCGCGGCGACAGCUGGCCAAUGGCGUGCGCCGCGUAAACACGUGCUUUUUGCGCGUUUUCCGCCGACUGGAGGCACGUCCGAUGGUGCCGCCGUGCUCCCGAGCCUUCCUGUGGUCGAAUGGCAGUGACGCUGGAGCAACUUUCCAGCAUCAACUCAAAGACGACCAUCAAGGCUUUUUGGACUAUCUCCGGGAGGAUAGUGAAGAACUUGAGACGUGA